AGUCACUCUGGGAGUUACUUGAACGGAACUAAAGCUUAAAUGUGUAAUGUUUACGUAGUUUGGGGAGCGAGUGGCAUUCGCAUCAGAAGAAGAGCGUCGCUUCUUUUCUCAUGCUCUGCCAUCUGGAAUCUGAACGUGAACCCCACUAAGAGCAACCACGAAAUGAAGUUCUGGGUCCCCCUCCCUCCUUCUUCCUCGAUGCGCAUAUAUUUAGUAAUUACUCUGUUUAGUGUGAGUCAGUGCCUAUCAAAACCCUCCCUCCCUCCCUCCCUUUCUUAUCCUUUGUACAGCCCCAUGCUUAACAGAAGGUAAUGGAGUCCCGAAUGAGAUUAUAAUAUUGACACACUCGUCUUGAACCUUCGUGCCCAUUCUUAACUUUCAUUGCUUUACUUUCUUCUCUUUCAACUCGACCAUGUUCGGCAAGCUCGCGUUUUAUUUUGAAUUGCUAGCAUUUCUGGGAAUGCAGCUUCCCCUAACAAUGGCAGAUUGUCCUUUGGAUUUUACUGGUUCAAACUUUACACUCGCAUCCUCUAUGUGCUCUAACCAGUUUGAAAGAGGGAAAUGUUGCCGCUACAUUAAUGCUAACAUUGCAGUUUCUGUUGCUCGUUUUGCAAAUGUAACAAGAAGCCUUGGAGUCACCCUAAAUGCUUCUGACCCCUGUCUCCAGACCAUAUCUCAGACCUUGCAACAUUAUGGCGUUCCACAUAAUGCAACAAUUUUCUGUGGUUUUGGCACAAAAAUCUCAGUUAAUUAUGAGUGUGAGGGUCGAACUACUGUCAUGCAAAUGCUGCAGUCUCCCCGAUUUGUGCAGGUUGUGGAAAAUUGUAAAGUGCCACUGGCUGAGGAAAGUAAAUGCAAGAAAUGCUUAAAUGCUGGCAUUAAUUUCAUACAUCAUCUGAUAGGCAUUAAAGAUAAUAUAACACUGAGUACAUGCCGUGAUGCCACCUUUGCAGCAUUGGCAAGCCAAGUUGAUGAAAUGUCUACCAUUGACAUUGCAAGCUGUUUCUUUAGGGUUCAAGGGCUUCUCAAACCUCGUGUUAUAGUGCCAUCCCCAUCUUUGCCAACUCCUGAGGCUUCUCCUAGUCCAGUGGUUGCUGAUAGCCCUAGUCAGUCACUGUUAGGUGCACCUCUUCAAGGAAAGCACCGUUCAUACCACUUGGCAAUAAUUCCUGCUAUUGGUAUUGCCAUCACAGCUAUUGCUGCUAUCAUGCUCUUGGUCUUGGUUGUUCUAAUUCGUCAGAAAAGAAAAGAACUAGUGGGGACUGAUAAUUUUAAUAAAACACCUUCUAGUGCAAUGUGGAAAUUUCAGGAAGGUCCUUCAUCUAUGUUUCGGAAAUUCAACUACAGGGAGAUAAAGAAGGCAACGGAGGAUUUCAACACCAUCAUUGGGCAAGGGGGGUUUGGAACAGUAUAUAAAGCUCAUUUCCGUGAUGAUCUAGUGUUAGCAGUAAAGAGAAUGAACAAAGUUUCAGAGCAAGGGGAGGAUGAAUUUUGUAAAGAAAUAGAGCUUCUUGCUCGGUUACAUCAUAGGCAUCUUGUUGCAUUACGAGGUUUUUGCGUUAAAAAUCAUGAGAGGUUUUUGAUGUAUGAGUACAUGGAAAAUGGAAGCUUGAAAGAUCAUCUUCAUUCCCCUAGUAAAGCACCUCUAAGUUGGCGAACGAGAAUCCAAGUUGCCAUUGAUGUGGCUAAUGCACUGGAGUAUCUCCAUUUCUAUUGUGAUCCUCCUUUAUGGCACAGAGACAUAAAAUCUAGCAACAUUUUAUUGGAUGAGAAUUUUGUUGCUAAGUUAGCUGAUUUCGGUCUUGCACAUGCUUCAAAAAAUGGCUCCAUAAGCUUCGAAGCUGUAAACACCAAUAUCAUGGGAACUCCAGGUUAUAUGGAUCCUGAAUAUGUGGUUACUCAUGAGCUGACUGAGAAAAGUGAUAUUUACAACUAUGGAGUAUUACUGCUAGAAAUUGUGACCGGAAGACGAGCAAUUCAAGAUAAUAAAAAUUUGGUUGAAUGGGCACAACCAUACAUGGGACCAGAUUCUGUAACUCGAUUGAUGGAGCUAGUGGAUCCUAAUGUGAGGGAGUCAUUUGACUUGGAUCAGCUCCAGACAGCAGUGUCUAUAGUAGAAUGGUGCACACAGAGAGAGGGCAGGAUCAGGCCUUCAAUAAAACAAGUUCUUAGGCUUCUGUAUGAUACUUCAGAACCUAUGCACAGUGGGUUUCUUCAAGAUAUUGAAGGUGAGGAGUGUGAAGGGAAUCAGCAGAGUGGCAGAAGCAGCAGAGGUAAAAUGCACAGAAAUGAAGCAUUAUUUCAGAGCAAGGAUGGAAGAUAUCUUGCUUCUUCUUCAAGUACAUCCAGGUCUUACUGCAGCAAAAGCUUUUUACUUGAGACAAGUUCCCCACAGUCUCCUCUGAAUAUAUUAUCUGUCGAAGACAAAUAUCAUUAGGUUCAGCAGCAACUCAAGUCUUACUGGAAUUUCACGUUCUCCGACUUAUUAAGGAUGUGGACUUGUAAAGCAUUUAUAUGUUGAAUUUUGGGUAAUGAGAAGAUAAUAGCUAUGUCUUGCUUCAAUAAUCAGCAUUGGCAUAAAGUUGCAAAAUGUCAAUCACAAGAAAGAACAAUACGCAAUACUUGUAGCUAUCCCACGCCUAAGAAAUAUAUCUUGCAUUUUGAAGCA